AUGCAACCCAAAAUUUGCCACGUUGUCUUCUUCCGCCUUGACCCGGCGAAGGUGACGACGCUGCUGCCAACGGAUGUACUCCAGCGGCACCUCAGCGUGCUCCGCGAGAAGGUGCCCGGUUUGUUGGAGUUGAAUUUCGGGCCAACCGGCACCAACCUAUACCCCAACUACGUUGACUGCAGCAACGGCUACACGCACUGUCUUGUGUCAAAGCACGCGGACGCCGACAAACUGAAGGUUUACGCUGAGCAUCCGGACCAUGUCGUUUUUGCCAACCUGUUGAAGUCUUCCUCGGCAGCGCCGCCAAUUCGCAUUGACUUUGAGCUGAGCGCCAGCAAUGAGUAG